UUUUUUUAUUUUCUGAUUAGGGAGUAAUGUUACAGUCAAUGCUGUGCACCCAGGGGUGGUUAACACAGAACUUGGCAGACACACAGGGAUGCAUAAAUCAAAAUUUUCCAGCACAACAUUGGGACCAAUUUUCUGGUUUCUAGUGAAAUCCCCACGUUUAGGAGCACAACCCUCCAUAUAUCUGACUGUUGCGGAAGAACUGGAAGGGGUAUCUGGGAAAUACUUUGAUGUUAAUAAAGAAAAAGACCCUGCUCCGCAAGCUCUGGAUGAUGAGACAGCCAGGCGUUUGUGGGAAGAGAAGAAUGGUCUGGCCUACAUGUGACUCCAGACCCACAGCAAUGUGAUUGACUCUUAACUGCCUUCUGGGAUGAGUUAUAAAUGCUGGCCUAGUCAGUGAUGCUUUCAUCCUGUGAAUGAACAAUAAAAAAAAAUUGGAAGCUGAUACAUGCACACAGUCCAUCAGACAACAAUGUAUGACUCAAGUAUGGGAAAACUUAAAGGAAAGGGGGAAAAAAGUUCUCCAAAUAUGAAUGUGUAAACUGCUGUAAUCAUUUUCACAAUAUUAAAAUGAGUUGCUAUUAUUUUGGUGAAAGGAUUGUUGUAAUUACUAGUUUUGCCAAGAGGUGUCUCACUUCUUUUAAAAUUUUUAUGUUUAAAAGAUUGUAUUCUGCUAGUUGAUGAAUCAACAUAUGGCCAAUCAACUGAUUAAAUACUUCUGGAAUCACAUCAAUUUAAAAAAUACCAUAAUCUUUAACAAAAAUAUAUUGUACCCAUAAACUUUUUAAAGGUAUAUUUUAAUAGUUCAAAUAAUAGUUCAAAUUUGGCACUGCAAAAAGUAAUAGAUCUGUUCAUUUUCCAAUAAAGUCUGUGAGGCACUUCA